AUGCCUCAUCACAGUCUGGCCGCCACUGCCGCCGCUGUUGAUUCGAGAACAGCGCCAUCCGUCCCAGCCGCCAGUUCAUCAUCAUCAGUUGCGCAGGCAUCUUCCGCUGAUGCCGCCGCCGCUGCUGCUGCCGCUGCCAACAAAACACGCCGCUCCCAUCGCAAGUCGCGCAACGGAUGCACGGAGUGCAAGCGCCGCCAUAUCCGCUGCGACGAGCACCGUCCUCUGUGCUCCAACUGCGUCAGCGCCGACCGCACAUGCGUCUUCCCGCGUGGUUCGGCCGCCGUCCCGGCCGCUUCCACGCCGAACGGCGGCGGGGUAUCCAAUAUCUCUGCAGCGACGAGCAACGGCUCUCAUCGUCACCACAGUGUCGCCGCCCCCACGCCGCCCAGCAGUCACCACCUUCCUAGUCCCCGUGCCGGCAACGCUACAGCCAAUACCCCUUCACCCCGUCGCGACUUUUCCUUUGACGAGGUCUGUGGCCCGCUCCCGCACCCCAGUACCACUCCGGGCGACUUCCGCCGGAGCAACUACACCUACUACCCAAACACGGCCGGCAGCAGCGCCUUGAACGGUAACACGGCGCCCCUAAGCCCGGCACCCGGCCUCGAUCCAGAUCCAUCCGCCUCGGCCUCACUCUUCACACCCUUUCACCUGCAGCUCAUGCACCACAUCCAAACCGUCAUGCUGCCGGACCCAACCAUCAACACGAACAAUCACUUUCAGCAGUUCAUCGACAUUGCCAUGCGCCACGCAGUUGACGCCCCGUACCUCAUCAACGAGUUGCUGGCUCUCGCCGCCGUGCACAUGGCAACGCAAAAGGAGAACCAGCUACUCCAGCAGCAGCAACAACAACAAAACCAACACCAAACCCAGGCCCAAGACGGUAACGGUAGUAGCAGCAGUGCUGCCAACACUCCUGGAUCGUCGUCCCUUCAUGCCCCAACCGUACUGCCGCCUCUCCUCCCCCCGCAUGGCUCCCCAUCGUCGACAUCAUCGCCCGCCUCCUCCUCCUCCGCGCCGCUGCCCUCCCUCCUCACCACCACAGCCGCCGCCAUCGCCGCCACCAACCCCGCCGUUGCCAACCUGCGGCACCAGGCCACUGAACUACAGACCCGCGCCGUCGCCAACUUUACGCGCCUGACCGCCCAUCUGCCCCCAGACGACACGGCUUCGUGCAUCCCGCGCUUUCUCUUCUCCUCCACCCUCUCCAUGCACGCCCUCGCCGACUCCCUCGCCGAGCUGCGUGCCGCCAACGCCGACUUUCACGGCUUCAUCGACCGUUUCGUUGACUGCUUCAACCUCUACCGCGGCAUCCGCGCCGUCAUCUAUCCGACCUGGCGCUUCCUCUCCGACUCGGAGCUCCGACCCCUGUUGCAGGUCACGCACGAGGCCAACCUCGGCAUCGUCGCCCGCGGCCGCGAGUGUGCGCCCCUCUCCGACCUCCUCGCCCGUUCCGACCUUGCCCCCGCCAGCCUCGACGCCUGCCGCACCGCCGUCGAGAAGCUCCAGUGGGCCUUCGACCUCUGCAACAAUCUACCCCCGGACAGUGGUCAGCACGCCGUCUCCGCCUUUUCCGUCAUUGUUGGCGCCGAGUUUGUCGACGUCCUACGAAAGCAUCGCCCCGAGGCCCUCAUCAUCCUCUCUUACUUUGCCGUCCUCCUCCACCGCUGCCGCCACUUUUGGAUCUUUCAAAACUCGGGUGCCUGCAUGAUCAAGGCCAUUGCCAACCACAUUGGCUCCUUCUGGCGCGACGCCAUGGCCUGGCCCCUGCAGGUCGUCGAUACGGAAGACUGCUAG